ACCUGUCCUCGUCACCCUUCGCCCUUCCACGCCCUUGCUCUCUUCCUUUGAUUUUUGCUCCGUGUGUGCUUCUACACGGUGAUCCUCACGUCGUCGUUUCUUUUUCGCCAUUGCCGUCGUGUGACACUGCCUCCCUCGCAGAAGCUGUAAUCGCUUUUUUUUUUUCCAUCGCGAUCCUGUAGUUCUAAAAGCUCCACCCAACGUCUGGCCCGGCGACGACGCACGCUCUGCCAACGCCGCGGCAGCCCGACCGUUCUGCCUCAGAUUUUCUCUCCCUCCCAAGAACCACGCCUUCUACUUGCCCUUUGAAGCCAUCGACGGGCGGAUGGCGCGUUACGCCUUGACGAACAACGUAUAUCGCGACGACGAACACACGACCCCUCAAGAGUAGACCUCGCCACUACCCACCACGUCGGUCCCUGGCCUGGGUGACGGCCACUCGCAGCAAGCAUGCUCGAGUCUCUCGUUGCGAACCUGCUGAAUCGGUUCUUGGGCAUGUACGUCCAGAACUUCGAUCCGAAGCAGCUGAACGUGGGCAUCUGGUCUGGUGACGUCGCGCUGCGAAACCUCGAGCUGCGGCGCGAAGCUCUGGACCAGCUCAAGCUGCCGCUCAACGUCGUCGAGGGCCAUCUUGGCCUGUUGACGCUGUCGAUCCCCUGGUCGAACCUGCGCGGCAAACCCGUCAAGAUCAACAUUGAAGAGGUGUACCUGCUUGCCGCGCCGCGGACGGAUGCCGAGGUCGAUCCCGCCGAGGAGGAGAGGAGGGCGCACGCCGUCAAGAUGGAGAAGCUCGACUCGGCCGAGUUGCUGCGGGAGAGAAACACGGAGGGCAUGAGCCAGGAAGAUCAGAAGAAGAACCAGUCCUUCACGUCCAGCCUGGUGACCGCGAUCGUGGACAACGUCCAGAUCACCGUCAAGAACAUCCACAUCCGGUACGAGGACGCGCUCUCGAACCCGGACCACCCCUUCGCGCUUGGAAUCACGCUCGAAGGGUUCGAUGCCGUCAGCACGGACGAAAACUGGGUGCCGACGUUCAUCCAAAGCACGAGCGCGACGACGCACAAGCUGGCCAGCUUGAAGAGCCUGGCCGUGUACUGGGACACGGACGCGAAGCUGCUGGGCUCCGGCAGCGGCUCGCAGCAAGGCAUCGACCAUGACGAGUUCCUGGAAAAGUUCAAGGCCCUGACGGUCAAGGACGAAGAAGGCAAGACGACCGACCAGCAUCAGUUCAUCCUCAAGCCGGUGACGGGGCGGGCGGGCCUGGAGAUGGACAAGACGGGCAAGCUGGAACGCCCCAAGGUGAAGGCAAAGCUGCUGUUCGACGAACUUGGCUUUGUGAUCGACGACGACCAGUAUCGCGACGCCCUGAUGCUCGUCGAUCUGUUCCACUAUUUCAUCCGACAUCAGGAGUACAAGAAGUACCAGCCGAAGAGCAAGCCGCUUGAGGAUCCUCAGGCCUGGCUGCGAUUCGCCGGUCAGGCCGUCUUGGACAAGAUCCACGAACGCAACAGGAGAUGGUCGUGGGCCUACUUCAAAGAGCGGCGCGACGACCGGAUACGGUACAUUGAGCUGUUCAAGAAGAAAAAGAAGGACGAGAAGCUCACGACGGACGAGGCCACCGAGAUGGACCGGCUCGAGCACAAGCUCACGUACGAAGACUUGCGCUUCUGGCGGUCGCUGGCGAGAAAUCAAUUGCGCAAAGAGAACGUAGGCGUCAAGAAGCAGCCACAGAAGCAGACCUGGUCACAGUGGAUCUGGGGCGGAGGUCAGCGCGAAGAAGCCGCCGACGACGGUCAGAUGAGCGACCAGCAGCGGAAGGAGCUGUACGAAGCCAUCAACUUUGACGAAAAGCAGUCGAUUGCCGAAGCCGUGGAGUUGCCGAAGGAGUACGUGAAGAUGCAGGUCGACCUCAGCCUGCGAACGGGCAGCUUCACGCUGAAGAAGGAGCCACAUGGCGCAAAGACCGAGAUCCUCAGGCUGCUGUUCGACUCGUUCAAGACACAGUUCUUGCAACGGCCCGGCUCGUUCCUGGCGAAGGUCAGCCUGGAGGGCAUGCGCCUGUACGACGGCACGACGAAGGGCAGUCUUUUCCCCCAGAUGAUCACGAUCAAGGGCGCUCCAGAAAUACCGGACGACAGUCGGAUAGAGGAGCUCCAGGAGGACGACGAAGAGGCGACAAAGGAUGGCGUCGGCGAGGACGACAGGCUGGCGGAGCCGGAGAGCGAUCCAGAAGACCCCUUCUUCCAACUCGAGUUUGAAAACAACCCUCUCGAUGGCAGCGCCGAUACGGCUCUCAACCUCAAGCUCAAGGGCAUGGAGUUCAUCUACAAUCCAGCUUUCGUCGUGGGUGUCGUACAGUUUUUCAAGCCUCCGGAACGACAUAUGGAGUCCAUCGGCGCACUCAUGGAGUCGGCCGGCAAGACGGUCGAAGGGAUCCGCGCGCAGACAAGAGCCGGUCUUGAAUUCGCGCUUGAAGAGCACAAGACGAUCAACGCAAACUUCGACAUCACCGCCCCGCUCAUCAUCGUUCCCGACUCGGUCACGAGAAAGAGCAACAUAUGCCUGAUCAUCGACGCCGGUCAUGCCUCGGUGAAGUCCGAGCUGGUCGACAAAGAGACGUUGCAGGACAUCCAGUCCAAACAGCGCGAGAAGUUGAGCGAUCAGGACUUCAGACGGCUCGAGAGCCUGAUGUAUGACAAGUUCAAACUUGACCUGACCUCCACGCAGGUCUUGAUAGGCACCACAAUCGAGGAGACGAGAGCGAAACUAAGCAACAAAGAGUCCAACUUCCACCUCGUCGACAAGAUCAACGUAGACUUUCUCAUUGAGACAUGCAUCGUGCCGAAAGGCACCAGUCUAACCAAGUUCCGGGUCUCCGGGCACCUCCCGGUGCUACACGCCAGCAUAAGCGACCAGAAGUACAAGAGUCUGAUGAAGGUGAUUGACUUCGCUAUCCCGAAAUUCCACGACGACAGCCCCCCGAAACAGGACGAGGGGAAAUCGAAAUCACGCGCGUCUCUGCAACCAAGCAAGACCGAGGAUCGGAGGGAGUCCUUCACAUUCGCCGCGCAGAGACACGAGAUCGUCGUGGAAGAAGAAAGCGUCUCGGGAGAGCACGAAGAGUUCACGGACGCGAACGAGGGCAGGGCGCAGCCGCAGGUUCAGAUUGACCAGAAAAACUUCGAGCUCAAGUUCACGGUCGACAAAUUGCAGGGAUCGCUGUUCAAGGCAGAUCCGGAUGGCAAGAGGGGAGAUCAACUGCUCGUCGAGCUCGUUGCGGAGGGAUUCCUGCUUGACUUCUACCAAAGACCCUUUGAUAUGGCGGCGGAAGUGCGGCUCCGAACGCUUGCAGUGGUUGAUCAUGUCGAAGACGAGCCUCUGCCCGAGUUCAAGAACAUCAUCGAGUCCGAAAAGGUUGCCGGAGAAGACUUGUUCAAGCUCAGAUUCGUCAAGGUCAACCAGGACAGCCCGGAGUUCUUGCCCAAGUACGAAGGGAUCGCCACGAAUCUUGACGUCCAAGUCUCGACCAUCAAUUUUAUCGUGACGAGACGGACUUUGCUGACCUUGCUGGACUUCGUCUUGCUGACCUUCACGAACCCUGAGCAGCCUGAACAACAGCCGAAGCCGAUCGAAUCGGAAUCUGAAUCUGCUGCCGAAGAGCAGGUGCAAACCUCCGGUCCACAAGACGCCGAUAAGAUACGGGUCAAAGUAGACUUGAAGCGAAUCGCGGUCAUACUGAACAAUGACGGCAUUAGACUCGCAACUCUCGGCCUCAACACCGCCAACGUCUCGGUUUUCCUAAUGGGCAAAAAGAUGCGGAUAGGCGCUCAUCUUGGUGAUCUGCAACUCAUCGAUGAUGUCAACCAGGGUGUCUCCGAGAAAUCGAAUCUGCGACGGCUCGUGACCAUUCAGGGUGAUGAGCUCGCUCAAUUCUCGUAUGAGACGUACGAUGACACUGCCGAGUCGUAUCCAGGCUACGACACCUCCAUCUUCCUCAGGGCCGGUUCGCUCAAGGUCAACUUUGUCACGGAACCGUUCCGCAAGAUCAUGGACUUUGGAGUCAAGUUUGGCAAGAUGCAGGCCAUCUUCAACGCUGCUCGCCAGGCUGCUGCGAAUCAGGCGAACCAGCUGCAGCAAAAAGCAAGCAAGAUGCACUUUGACGUGAUAGUAAGGACGCCGAUUGUCGUGUUCCCUCGAAUGGUCGUGACCGACGAACCGGAGCGCGACACACUGACCGCUGAACUCGGCGAGAUCUACGCCAGCAAUAGUUUUGUAGCCCUCGACGACUCCGAAGCAGCUGACCAGGCAAACCAAAUUGUCGCCGGCAUCCGUAACGUGCGUCUUCUCUCACUCUUCCAUUACGACGGAGGCGAAUCGGAAGAGCUGCAAAUGAUCGAUAAGCUGGACUUGAAGUUCAAGAUCAACAUGGUGGAGCACAAACAGGGCUACAUGCGACCCGACAUGGAGAUUGAAGGCGGCCUAUCGGAUCUCAACCUCAAGAUUACACAAGAGCAGAUGCAAUUCGCUCUCGAGUUGAGCAAGUCCGUUCCGGCGGCAUUUGCCACUGAACCCGACGAAGAUGUGCAAGGCGAGGUGGAAGAAGAGCUCGAGAACGAGACGGUGAUUCCGGCCAAGAAGGCCAUGGAAAGCAAACAGGAAGCCAAAGGCAAGGAUAAGAACGAAGAGAAACGAUUCUCAACAUCCAGCCUUGGACCUGAGCUUGGGUCUAGCGAAGACACAUGGACGAAGCUGGAUCUCGUCUUUAAAGUGGGAUCGAUCGGCCUCGAACUCAUCAAGGGCAAGGAGAAUGAGCCGAUCCGCGAUGUCAAAGCUCACAGCUUGUCGCAAUUUUCUCUUAACCACACGCAUGUCAAGUUACGGAUGAUAAGCGACGGCGCCCUGGAGUCCGAAUUGCUCAUUCAGUCGUUGAGCAUCCGCGACACAAGGUCAAAGGGAACAAACAAGUUCCGCAAGAUCAUGAGCUUGAUCAACACAGACGUCAAGCAGCAAUUCAUGGCCAGCGUCUCAAUUUCCGGCGGCGAGGAAAGAAGCAUGGUGGCAUUACUGACCAUCGAUAGCCCACGCAUGAUCUUCUCCCUCGACUACAUUUUCGCGCUCAAGGGUUGGCUUGAUCGCGGUCUCGCCGUGGAAGGCCCUCUCGAUAUCGAAGAUCAUGCCACGGAUGCAGAUGAUUCACGAAGUGUGUCAACACAACACUCGGGUGACGGUGCGCCAUCCAAAGGCAAUGUUCAACAGCCUGAGGUUCCAGCCGUGUCCAAACCACAGCCGGACCAAAAUGCCAUGGACGUCAGUUUCCGAGUCAACGUUGUCGAUGCGCAGGUCGUCCUUAUCGCCAACCCCGCCAUCACAACUUCGGAGGCAAUCGUACUGGGCACAAAGCAGGUGCUUGUUGCCAAGCAACAUGCCAUGACAUUACAAGUUGAUAAGGUUGGAAUGUUUUUGUGUCGCAUGGACCGAUUUGAGACCAAUCGUCUCCGUAUCCUAGAUGACUUUAGCGUGCAGACAAGUCUCGACAUGCGGAAUCAAGGCAAGGAUUCUUCUUUGACGAGCGUCAAUGUGGACAUUGAACCGCUCGUGUUGCGUCUGUCACUGCGUGAUAUUCUGCUCGCAAUGCAAAUUUUCAACCGCGCGAGUGCAAUGUCCAGUGAUGAAGAUGCCGCAAUGCCACACCAGGAUCCGAAAAAGCUCGCUCCGACCAAAGGUGGUACAUCGAUCCAGUCACGAAGGAGGUCAUCUGCCAAACCCGCAAGUACAAGCCAAGGUCCGGGCGCGAAAACGAUCGCCACGACAAAAUCCCAGAAGUCCUUACCGCCGUCGCAAACCGCGGGCCCUGGGUCAGCAAUCAUCACUCGUGAGGAAAUGAAGGUUGCCAUGGCCGGCAUUCGUGUGGUGCUCAUUGGCGACAAGCAUGAAUUGCCAAUGCUAGACUGGAGUGUUAAGAAAUUCAACAUCGACGUGAGAGACUGGUCGUCGAACCUGUCGGCGGACACGCGUCUCGACACCUUUUUCAACGUCUACAAUUUCUCGAAGUCCGCUUGGGAGCCGCUGAUUGAACCUUGGAGCGUGGGCUUCCACAUGAGCAAGGACACGAAUCCCGAUAAGCUUUCCAUGGAGUUCUAUUCGAAGAAAAAUCUCGAGCUCACCUUGACGUCUGCCACAAUUGCGCUGGCCAGCAAGUCCUUCGACUUCUUGUCCAGCGACGAAGAUAUGCUGUCGAAGCCGCGCGGCAUGGACGCACCAUAUCGCAUUCGAAAUCACACCGGUUUUGACGUAAACAUAUGGGCCGAAAGCAAGGGAGACGACGAAGGAUCGGCGGCUAAACUUGAGGAUGGUCAAGAGAUUCCAUGGCGCUUCGAAGACGCCAUGACGACCCGCGAGACGUUGACUUCCGAGGAUGCAUCGGCAGGUCUCGGUAUCAAGCUUGAAGGAAGCGGUUUCAACAGCGUCGACAAGAUUUCCGUCAGCCGUGAGGGUGAAAAGAUGUACAACCUGUAUCCGAAGAAGGAUAAGAUUCAGCAUCGUCUUCUCGUCGAGGUCAAGCUUGGAACGGACAACAUCAAGUAUAUCACGUUCCGCAGUCCUCUGCUAGUGGAAAACAACACACAGAUCCCCGUUGAGGUUGGCGUCUUCGAUCCAGAGGCUGGUAAUAUUCUCAAAAUCGAGAGAAUUGCACCCGGCGAUGGCCGGCCAGCACCAGUAGGAGCGGCAUACAUGCACUCCCUCAUCGUGCGGCCAGAUCAAGGCUUUGGCUACACGUGGUGUAGAGAGCGCUUGUUUUGGCGCGACUUGCUAAAGCGCCGGACGCGAACAUUGACUUGUAGGCAUGAAAAUGACGGAGAAGACAGUCCACCGUUCUACUUCCAGAUGCAUGCCGCCUUGGACGAGAAGAAUCCUUUGACGAAGUCGUAUCCAUACAUGCGUAUUCGCCUUCACGCUCCGGUAACGAUUCAAAAUCUGCUUCCGUUUGACUUCCAGUACCGCAUGUUCGACCAAAACACGAAGAAGGACUGGAAGAACUUUUUGCGCAAGGGCGGCGUCAGUCCUGUUCAUGUUGUCGAGCUCACCCACCUUCUCAUGCUCAGCGUGGACAUGCAAGACACGCCUUUCAGGGCUAGCGAGUUCACGAUCAUCAAUUCCAGCGACCGCGAGAAUUUCAAGCGCGAGCGAACCAUGGUCGUAAAAGACAGAAACGAUCUCAACUUACGGUUGAAGUUGCAGUACUUCACCAUACCGGAUUCAGGUGGAGCCUUCAUGGUCACCGUGUACGCACCGUACAUAAUUUUGAACCGAACAGGUCUGGAGCUUGACAUCCGCUCAAAAACGUUCUUGGGCGGUACUCGUGCUGCGGCCGGUCAAGGAAUUUUCACGGCGCGCGAGGGAGACGAGCCAAGGAAGCCUCGACCGUUGAUGUUCAACUUUCCGACAGACGACAAGAAGAAUCGUGCACUCAUCAAGCUCGGCGAUUCGGACUGGAGCAGACCUCAGAGUUUUGACGCGAUCGGCAGCACAUACGCCGUCACUUUAGCCAGCAGCAGUGGAAGAAGGGAGAUGGAUGUCGGCGUCAGCAUCGCUGAAGGCGAAGGAAAGUACAACCUUACAAAGGUUGUCACUAUCGCUCCAAGAUACAUUGUCAAGAACAAGCUUGGAGAAGAGAUCAACCUCCGUGAGCCUGGCUCAAGCGACAUCAUCACGAUGCAAGAUGGCGAUCUGCUACCUCUGAGGUUCUUGCGACAAGCGGCAAACCAUCAAUUAAGCCUGUGUUAUCCAGGUAUCAACAAUGCAUGGUCGUCACCCUUCGACAUUGCGAAUGUCGGGCAUGUUCAUGUGAAGUUGGCCAAAGCCAAACAAAGACAAAAGCUCAUCCGUGUCGAUAUCCUGAUGGAGAAUGCCACACUCUUCCUUCACUUGAGCGUUGAGACGAAACACUGGCCAUUCUCAAUGCGCAACGAAAGCAGUCAAGAAUUCUUGUUCUGGCAAGCAAAUCCUAACGUUGACGAAGACGAUGAGGAUCAGGUUGCCGGGUGGAAGCCGAUCAGGUAUAGAUUGCCGCCGAGGAGCAUUAUGCCUUACGCUUGGGAUUACCCUGCAGCGAAACGCAAAGAGAUCAUCCUCUCGGCUAACAAGAGGGAAAAGGCUGUCAAGCUUGCAGAAAUUGGCAACCCACCGCCAAUGCGCAUCCCCCCAAGCCAGGAGCAUCCAAGAGGCGUCAUCAUUGAUCUGAACAUCGUUGCCGACGGUCCAACGCAGACACUCAUCCUUUCCAAUUUCAGACAGAGCAAGAGCUUGUAUCGACAGAAGACGGCAACUCAAAGUAACACGAGCGGGUUCGAAGUCAAGGACUUGGACACCGAUAUUACUUUCUCCGCGCGGUUGGCUUUUGCUGGUAUCGGAGUCAGUCUGAUCAACAGGCAACUGAAAGAACUUGUCUAUUUGACUCUGAGAGAUAUCGAGCUGAAGUAUUCCGACUCCCCACUCUACCAAACAUUGAAGGCUACCAUCAAAUGGAUUCAGCUCGACAAUCAACUGUACGGAGGCAUCUUCCCAAUCAUAUUUUACCCGUCUGUUGUGCCAAAGACCGGCAAAGAGAUGGAGGCGCACCCCAUUCUUCACGCAGCCGUAACUCGAGUCAAGGACGACAGCUACGGGGUUCUGUACAUCAAGUACUUCACCGUGCUGCUACAGCAAAUGACUCUAGAAAUCGACGAAGAUUUCAUCUUUGCACUUCUCGACUUCGCCAAGAUCCCAGGAGCCUCGUGGUCUGAGCCCAAAGAGGGUAAAUUGUGCGACGAGACUUUGGAGCUUCCCGAACCCACCCAGCAGCAGAGUGGACAAGACAUUUACUUCGAACUUUUACACUUGCAGCCAAUGCAGUUCGACAUUUCCUUCGUACGCACAGAGCGAAUUAACGCGGAGCAAGAGGCGCAAAGCACAUUGGGUGGCAAUCCGUUGAUGUUCUUCGUCAACGUCGUGACCAUGAGUAUCGGCAACGUGAACGAUGCUCCCAUUCGGUUUAACGCGCUCCUACUGGAGAACGCACGGGUCAGUACCGCAACGCUGUACAACAACAUUAAGACACAUUAUGUCCAGGAGUCUCUUCGGCAGGUUCACGUGGUCAUCGGAUCGGCGGAUUUCCUUGGUAAUCCAGUUGGGCUCUUCAACAAUUUGAGCUCCGGAGUACAGGAUAUCUUCUAUGAGCCUUACCAAGGCCUUGUGAUGACAGACAGGCCCCAAGAUCUGGGUCUAGGAAUCGCGAAAGGCGCAGGCAGCUUCGUUAAGAAGAGCAUAUUUGGAUUCUCAGACUCGAUGGCCAAGUUCACGGGUUCAGUGAGCAAAGGCCUUGCUGCUGCUUCCAUGGACAAAGAGUUCCAAGACAGGAGGCGAAUGGCCCGGGCAAGGAACAGACCCAAGCACGCGCUUUAUGGUAUUACAUCUGGCGGCAAUGCCUUUGCAGAGUCGCUGGCCAGCGGCAUUGGAGGACUGGCACGUCAUCCACUUCAGGGCGCCGAAAAGGAAGGCGCUCUCGGCUUUGCCAAAGGGGUGGCCAAAGGCGUCAUUGGACUCGCUACCAAGCCGGCGAUCGGUGCUUUUGAUCUUGCCUCGAACAUGGCAGAGGGCGUUCGAAACACCACGACCGUCUUCGACCAGGAAGGUCUUGACCGAGUCCGCUUAACUCGCUUCAUUGGUGCGGAUGGCAUCGUCAGACCAUAUAGCCAGCGUGAAGCUCUCGGCCAAUUCUGGCUGAAGACGCUCGACAGCGGAAAGUACUUCAACGAGGACUACAUCGCACAUCUCGAGCUUUCAGGUCGCGAUCUUAUGGUCAUGGUUACCUACAGCAACAUUCUCCUCGUCAAAACAAAGCGGUUACAAAGCGAAUGGGACGUGCCUCUGAAGGACAUCCAGACCAUUAGCAAGGAAAGGACAGGCAUCAGCAUUUUCUUAAAGGGCGGGGUUAGUGGACCGUUCCUGCCUGUCGGCGAGGAGGAGAGCAGGAACUGGUUGUACAAGAUGAUCGCUGUGGCGGUCAAUGCAUUUAACGAGCGUUACGGCGGUGCGAACUGAAGAACAUAUGAACCAAGGGAAAAUUUAGGUUUUGCAUUUUGAGCGAGUGGGUCAGUCAUCCCGCGGCGCACUCUUUUGAUGUUGGAAUAUGAGGCGUUGAUCAUGUACACUCCUAUAAUGACGUUGAAUGCUAUGCAUAUAUAUGGUUCUCG